GCCAUUGCUAUGGACAUGGACCCCCUACAGCUGUUUCGGGACCAGUUUAAUCCGCACAGUGAAGCGGAAGUCAAAUGGCUGGAAGCAGUAUUUUAUUUCAUCAGAGAUCACGUAUGUCCUGUGCUCUCUGGCCCCACUUCCUCCUGUCGGACAGCCGAUCAGUGUGCAUCUCAACUGAGUGUGUCUGUGCUAAAGAGAAUACAAAAGAACAUGUCCUCCACACACACGUUACCUGUCAGCUACAGGCUGGUGUGUGUCUCUGAGCUUCUCUCUCACCAGCGCCUGGCCUGUGUCAGUAACCUGUCGUGGAGCACCAAUCAGCAGCAGAUGUUGGCCAGGGAGGUGGAGCUGUCUCUCCCAGGUCAACAGGCUCUUCCAAGGGCCAACCUGCUGCUGAUUGGCUGUCUGACACACAACGAAGAUGGCGAGUUGAGGCUAACAGAUGCCAGUGGGAGCAUCAGGUGUGAGGUUUUGUCGCCCUCACCUCUGUGGUUGGAUCGUCUUGUCUUCCUGCCCCACUGGCACUACAUCCCCCAAAGUGCUCCGAAGCAAGCGCAGGCAGAGGCUCAAGGCUACGUGGAGCUGAUUGGUUCUCCUGUUCUGUUGUGUCCUGGUCUUGUGCAUGGAUUGGUGACUGUCCCUGGCACAGAGGUGGGACCUAAAAUAGCAGUCAGUGUCACAGAGGCUGCAACCUUAAUACACAACAGGACCCGAGGACAGCGUUUUUCUGUUUACGGCCAGGUAGCUUUUGUCUGCCCCCUGCUGGUUGUAGCAGGAACUUCCUUCUUCUGCUUCACGCUGACAGACAACACACACACAAUACCUGUCCUGGUGAAGGACAGCAGCAGGCUGUGGUGGACACACUGUGUGUCUGUCGGUGUGUGUGUGUCUGUGACAGCACUGCGUGCAUGUGUCCUGCAAGCCUGGAAAGGAAACAUCCUGUGUGUGACUAAACACUCUGAAAUACACAAGAUACACAAUCAGCCGCACACAUACACUCGAGCAGAGGACACACCACAAGCCAUACACCCCCCACUGAUGACACACCUGGAAGAGGGACAACCUGAGACAUGCCUUGUCCAAUCAGCGGUCAGGAUCAAACAGUCCAGGGUCAUCAGUUACCAGGGCACAGUGACUGAGGUGGUGAGUGAGGGGGCGGGUCUGUACAUAAUGGACAGGAUGAUGGGUGUGUGUCUGGCCUAUCAGCCUACACUGAGGAGGAAGCUGCGAGUGGGAGAUACAGUGCAGCUCCAUCACGUUCACUUCCUGUACAGGCCCUGUCCAGAUUUUCCUCCCAGCAUGCUUUGCACUUGUCUGCGCUCCACUUUGACGGUGACAAACUUCAGCAGGGUGCUUGGCUCAGCCCCCGACCGCAGCUGCCCUGGUGAUGGUGUGUUGCCACGGCUACUGGUGGAGAGGAGCACUGCUGUUUCCCAGUACCUGUGGACGUGCCACUUGAGCGCCCAGCUGAGACGUAGUCUGUUUCCCAGCGCGGCUACGCAGUGUGUGUGUGUGUUGUCAUGGAAACUGAUGGCGAUUGUGCUGGGACAGGAGCAACGACAAAGACGGGACAUCUAUGCCGAGAUGCUGGACGAGCCUCAUUCUUGUGUGCUGAUGCAGUAUGCCACUGACUUGGCACAGCACCAGUAUGUCAGCCUAUCAGAUCUCUGCAAGUCUCUCCAGGAGGACUCUUGGGCUUCCUUGUCUCUCAGCUCUCUGCUGCCACCCACUGGAGGUGGACUGACAAGAGUCGAGUUGAACACGGCUCUAGCCUGGUCCAGCAGGACUUUGUCCUCUGAUUGCAGGAAUAAGCCUGGAAAGACGCUCAGACAGCGCCCCCUGCUGCUUGUUGGCGUGUUGGAGCUUCCGUCGCACACGUCGCACCACACGCUGCAGCUGAGAGACGGCACGGGGGUUGUUGCCUGCGUCAUCACAGAAACCACCCAGGAAGAAGGGGAGGGUCGAAGGGCAGUUUUCAAUACUGCAUGGAUAGGUUGUCUAGUGUGUGUCCAGCAGUUUACCAUGGUAACAGAACGAUUCCUUCAAUCAGAUUUUCCCUCCUACCAACACCUGGAUCAGGACAAGUUCAUCACACACAAACACUGCAGGGUUUACCUCCAGUUCUCUCAGGAUUGUCUCCACAUUCUGAGUCCAUCUGUAGCCAUGGAAACCCACCAGUGUCUGAAAGGGGUGGAGUCAGUAGAUGAGGAGGAGAAGGAGAAGGAAGUUGAAAUUGUGGUGGAUAGCAAGAGAAGAAGGGAUGAUGAGGGCCCAGAAGCCUCCCAGUCUUCUUCCUCCAGUACCACGACAACCACCUACCCCUGCAUCUCGGUGGUCCUCAGGCUGGAGCAGAAGACUGGCGUCACUUGGAUGAACACGGGGUCGGGGCGAGAGGAACAGGAGGCUGGGCUGAUCGCUUGCUUCUCUGCCAAAACCACUGUGGUUGGUCCAGUGGUGGUCUGGGGGCAGGACCCAAAGAACAGGCCAAUGAAAGACUUUGAGGCAGACAAGGAGAAACAGGUGACUGUGGUGUGUUCAGGUGCGUCAGCUCGCUGGUUUCCCAUCCUCCAGCCAGAAUGUUUCUACAGACUGGUGGUGCCCAACACACACGAUCGCGGCGUGUUGAUUGGCUGUGCUGUGACUGGGCAGAGCCACGACUUCAUUAUGAAGGUCCAAUCUGAUUGGAGGUUUCACACACUGACACGUCCACUCCUUGCGCACACCAACGAACAAAGUGUCUCGGCCACUGUGUCAUCCGUGUCUGAAGUACUGGACGACAGUUGCGCAGAUGUGGUGUGUUUUCAGGGUUUUGUCUCUGAGCGGAUCAAUCUGGAUGACAGGACGAGGGACACUGGACACACUGACAUAGGUGUGCGUCUCACAGUGUGUGACCAAAAUGGGAGGAGCAUUCAUGUCUACCUGAAGUUGAAGCACAACACCUACCCACCUGGCCUGUUGCCAGGCAACACACUGAUGCUCUCUGCUUUCCACAGGAGACUGUCCAGGACAGGAAGUGUUUACUGCACUAAUCUACCAGUCAGCUGUGUGACGGUCAUGCAUGUGCAAGACAAAAGUUCUGAGGGACGCCAAACUGUUCCCAUCAUGCACCUGGGCCUGUGGACUCGACACAGCUGCACCGUGGCCCGGAUCAAAGGUCACGUGGUGUGUUUCCUGUUCCUGCAGCUGCAGUGGAAGUGUUCGCAGUGUGGGAGUGUGUACAGACAGUCAGCUUGCAGUCAGUGUCGCUCGUCCUCAGCCAGCGUCUUUGACAGCACAGCCAAGUUGGUGAUUGACGACGGCACAGGCGAGGCUCACGUGCGCUUCUCUGGGGUGCAUGUUCGUCAGCUACUCGGAUUGGCUGAUUCUCAGUGGGAGGGGCUUCAAAGAGCACUCAGGCUCAGAGGUGACAUCACAGUGUACCCCCGUGGGCGGAGUCCGGCGUGUUACUCAGACGAUCAGUUGCUUCACUUCCUGUUGUUGUGCGUGCGCAGUGUUGACUUGUUGUCUCUGACCUGCAGCAGGCAACACGAGGCCAAAGCAGAAGAGGUGAAAAGGUUAAGUCGUAGCAAGAGAGACUUCUUGACCAGGAUGGCCCCGCCCCCAAAGCUCACAUGUCUGCACAUGCACAGCUCACAGACGACAGUUAAAUGUUAAAAGUUGUAUCGCCAUUUUCCCCCCACCUGAGUCUGUUGAACUGCGAUGUGGGCGCAGCCUGCCGGUUGAUGCCAAGCAAAUAUUGAUUUAUUCAGACUGAAAUACAAAACUACAACUAAUUGUCUCCAUGUAUUUGUUAUUACAAAUACCAAUUGCCCUCGUAUUUGUCAUUUUAAAAAGCUUUGAAAAUGUUAACUACUUUCAAAGUGCUCUACCUGGUCACUGGUGAUGUCACUAAUUCUCUGCACUGUGAUUGGUUGAGCUCGGCUGCUGCUGUCGCUUGUUCUGCUUUGUCCCGCCUAAGCUCAGUGCAGAAGUUGAAGACAAGGAAGAUGAAGGCAUCGCUGCUGCUCCUCUUGCUCUGUGGCGUCUCGGCAGACAAUCUCCAUGAGGACUUGCACACGUGGGGCUGUUCUGACACAGAUGGCGAAGACGUUUACGCUCUGGACGACGAGGUCGGUUGGUUUGCUGACUUCGCCAACAACAGAGGGGUGGAACCUCAGCCCGGCUUCAUUGAACACAUGACUUACA